GGCCCCGCCUCCGCCCCUCGCGGCACCGCCCGCCCGCGCAGACCCAGAGCGCGGCCGCGGACGAAGAUGGCGACCGCCAUGUACUUGGAGCACUACCUGGACAGCAUCGAGAACCUUCCAUGUGAGCUUCAGAGGAACUUCCAGCUCAUGCGAGAGCUGGACCAGAGGACAGAAGAUAAGAAAGCCGAGAUUGACAUCCUGGCCGCAGAGUACAUAUCCACGGUGAAGACCCUUUCUCCAGACCAGCGUGUGGAGCACCUGCAGAAGAUCCAGAGCGCCUACAGCAAGUGCAAGGAGUACAGUGACGAUAAGGUGCAGCUGGCCAUGCAGACCUACGAGAUGGUGGAUAAACACAUCCGAAGGCUUGAUGCAGACCUGGCACGCUUCGAAGCGGAUCUGAAGGACAAGAUGGAGGGCAGUGACUUUGAAGGCUCCGGAGGACGAGGGUUAAAAAAAGGUCGGGGUCAGAAAGAAAAAAGAGGCUCCCGGGGUCGUGGCAGGAGGACCUCAGAGGAAGAUACUCCAAAGAAAAAGAAGCAUAAAGGAGGGUCUGAGUUCACCGACACCAUCCUGUCCGUGCACCCCUCUGAUGUGCUGGACAUGCCUGUGGACCCAAAUGAGCCCACGUACUGCCUGUGCCACCAGGUGUCCUAUGGGGAGAUGAUAGGCUGCGACAACCCAGACUGUCCUAUUGAGUGGUUUCACUUCGCCUGCGUGGAUCUGACCACGAAACCCAAAGGAAAAUGGUUCUGUCCACGGUGCGUUCAGGAAAGGAGGAAGAAGAAGUAAGGUGGAUGCCCGGACCAGAAGAGCAAGUUAAUAUAUUCCUUCUUCACGUUGCAAUAUUUUCUCUUCAUUUUAAAACUACCUUGUUUCCAAUGAUAUUUAAGAACUCAGUGGCCAGUUGUAAUUCUGGAGACUUCCUAAAACAAACAAGAAUCCUCCCGAGCCCUGUUUGCACGAGGAGUGGUCUUACGGGGACUCGUCAUGAUGACUUUGUUCUGGAGACGUGGUACCGGCUCUGUGCCGGAGAGCUGAGCCUUCCAUGGGUGCCGUAGUGGGGACCAUCCAGCCCAUGCGCUGCCGUCCCUCUGCAGCUGAGGCGCAAGCCCGCGUGCUCCGUCCUGCUUUCCUGGGGCUGCCCCAGCACGUCGGGCAGCGCAUCUGUCCCCUGCGAGGCCUUGCCGGAGUCGUCUGCCGUGUUUGGGCUCUGCACCAGGGCCUAUGGCCUGCCUGGGCCAGGUGGGCUCUCCCUAGGGGCGGAGCGCUCUGUUUCACUGUGCACUGCCGUUUCCGUCUGAGCUCCCCGUUCCCUCUGUGAGGGUUUCAUCUUCUGGAGUAGAUGGCUCUCCGUCAGCACGCAGCGGUCGUUCCCGUGACUGGCCCACGGGAGCCGUGUGACAGACAGUGGGUGCGCCGUUUCUCUGGGAAUUCCUGACGUUUUUACUGUGAAGAUGAAAUUAUCAUAACAGCAUGGAGAUCGUGGGUCUGUGUGUCUGUGAAGUGAGUCCAGUCCAGUGAGACCUGAUUUUAAACCUGUUCUGUUGCACAUGGGUCGGUCAGCAGCUCCUGUCCAAGGGGACGAUGAUCAUGUGAUACGAUUUGUGAAUUUCUUGUGCCACACAGUCCUGGAAUGAAGCUGGCAAACUAGAAUGUGUCUUCUGUUUAAUCUGCAUUCACCAAACCAGUCCUGAACGAUGUUUUUGGGAAUAGUUGGGGGAAAUUACAUAUGCUUGGCGUGUUGCGAUCCAUUUGUGAUGGUGCGUAGUGUGACUUCUGGGAACAUGCGUGGAAUCGGAGACCCUCCGGCACACGUCUAAAGGAGUCCGAGGAGUCCUGAAGAAAGGGAACCUGUUUCUGUCCUCGAGGCAGGAAAAGAAAUCCAGGAGGCGGUGUCAAGAUGUGACAUUCCUAACUGACGAAGAAUCUUGCCUUCUUUAUCAGGAGACCUUCUGGAAUGGUGCACCUGCUUCCUGCAGUGACCGUGUCUACCAUAUGUUCCCGCCUUUUCUCUAAUAUUUCACCAAGGGCAGGAGAUGACGUGGAGAGAAACUUGGGGGACUGUGUCCUGCGUGGCCACUCCUCACCAAGGCUGUUUUCAGUCGGUAAAUGAGAGGUGAAUGUUAGCUUUGACAUCAGAGGGCCGUGAGCCUACAUCUGUGGUUCUCAGCGGGUCAGCCCGUGCCCCACGUGCUGUCCCACUGUCCCUUCGGGGCUUCCAGGGCACUGCAGGUGGGGUCAGUUGGAGAGUGCCACCCUUUCCGUCCUGUGCUGCAUGGUUAGGGUAGGGGGUCAGCAGCUGGCCUGACGAGCUAUCCCAGAGCCAAUGCCUUCCUGCUGCCCAGAAAGGAGGGGUGGGGGGCUCAGGAGGAGCACCGGCCAGCUUGCGUUCCUCGGUCUCAGCUGUGGCCAAAAACGAGGCUCGUUUGUAUUUAGUCACUUAGAUUUUUGUUAACACAGGUGUUUAAAGAUUGUGGGGAAUAAAUUGUGGAAAACUGUUUCCUUCACUCUUUUACCAGUCUCUGUGGAGAGGACAGGUGAGCGCAUGAGUUUGUGAUGGCCCUUUGGAAGCUGCUUUACUAUUUGCACUGCAUCUUAGAACACUUCCCGGCUGCCGUCAUCACGGGAAACUGGUGCCCAGGGGGUGGCUUGGUUGCUGGCCGGGGUGCCUGGUCCGGGGCCUCGCUUGCAGCGCAGGAGGGCUGGACAACUUCCCUGUGGGGUUUUGCGUGUCGCCAGGUUACAGCCCAGCCACCAGCCUUCUUUUUGUAGGUCUCUGUGCCUGCUGUCUCUUGCGUUCACCUCUGUCGGUUACGUAAAUAUCCCUGGAACAACAUGCAUAGGUAGAACCUUGGAGAAGACAAGACGUGAGCAGAAUAGGAAGAUUCCCUCCCCAGAACACUGUUUGUGUCAACACGGAUCUGCUGCCCCUUCCUGACUGCAAGUGCUGCCCAUAGUCGCAGCGACACCCAGCAACGACUGUUUGCUGAGGAGACCAGGUCCUCCCUGUUGGCCUGGCUCCAGUCCUGCAGGGGUGGCUGGUGCCUCUGACGAUCACCCCAUGAGGCCUGACCGCCGACAGUGGGGUGAUUCCCACCAGAUCCUGUGUGCCUGCCGGGCACCGGACCUGACCAGGAGGUGGCUGCAGAGCCCUGUUCCUUGGGUUGAGUGGGGGCCUGGGCUGGGCCCAGAGGUCCCUAUCUCAGCUGCACUUGAGCCAAGGGCCGCGGGACUUCCUUGCAGAGAAGGGGCACCUUGUUCAGAGGACACUCAGUGCUGUGUUAGCAGUCAGUAGGUUGACAAAUAGCCUCUCGUUUUCCUGUAGAAGAACACGCGUUGCACUUCCAAAAAUAAUGUGUGAAACUGAGCCCCCCGUGGCCGUUGCCUAUGGAGCUGCCGGCUGGGGCUGCGGAUAGAGCUGGGCCUGCGUGCCUGGCCCCGGGGUGGCCGGCUGUGAGAUGUGACCAACCACGGCCACAGGAGCCUGGUGUCUUCUGGUCUGCGCAGGGAUGACGGAGAUUUGCUGGGACAUGUGGGAAUGAUGGUCCUGUCCCGGGCAGCCACGAGGCACUCCCGACUUGUAGCUGGCUGCCCAGGGCAGGGUUGGCUUUGAGCAGUAACACUGUCCUGAGAGCAGCUCCCCUGUGUGGCCGUGGCUGGAAUUCGAACACUUGUCAUGGGCCUUGGAGAUGGAAGGUUUUCCCUAGUUGUUAGUGAGCCGGGACUGGUCCUCAUUCUCUGUGCCGAGAGAAGUUUUAAAACAAAGUCUAAGAAAAAUGUUCUCAUUCAGAAGAGAGUUCUAUGAAGUUUCUUUCUUUCUACAAAUGUAUUUUGUGGUUUCACUUUUACCACAUUUCAUCCAAAAAGAUGAUGCAGCUUUAACACGAAUGUUACAUUUUAUUUUCAAGGAAUUAUCUAUGUUCCCUUUGUAAAGGAAAGAUAAUAUUGUAAAUCUUUUUAUUAAAUAAUGUAGAGAUGUAUAUCUGUAUUUUUGGAUCAUGUUCUAGAUUAUGGAUAUAUUGUUUAAUAAAUGAAGUAUUUUUUGGAA